UCUCAAGCAAUAUAAUUUCUCCACUUGCAUUUUACAAAACCAUUAUCUUUUCCAAAAAAAAAAAAAUUGUUUUGUUUUAUUUUUACAUAAAUUACGUGUAUUCGCAUAUAUUAUUCACAGAUCAUUAUUAUUUUGGGGUUACUUUAUUCUUGUUUACGAUUUAUAUAUCUAAUUUGUUUCUGUUCUAACCAUUGUGUGUUUUUUUGCUUUGAGAUUAGGGUUUCUAUUUUGGAAUUAGGGUUUACACCAUCUUAUUGGUCGAAAAGUUACCGUCUUUACUGCCCUAUUUGCAGUGGUUUGUCAAAGUGAAUUUUUCACUUGGUGGCUAAGAUGUCGGAUUACCCUGUGCUUGAUAAUCGUCCAAUUAAUAAAUGGAAAGUAGCAGAAUUAAGGGAAGAGCUUAAGAGGAGGAACUUAACAACAAAAGGGUUGAAGGAUGAUCUGGUUAGGCGAUUAAAUGAAGAUAUAUGCAAAGAAAUGGAAGCUGCUGAGGUUGAAGAGAGUAAGGAUGAUGAUCGUGACAUUGAUCCUGCAAAUGGUCUUGAAGAUACUGAACCAGAGCCUGAUCCUGUUAAAUUGGUCGAUGAGGUUCUGGAUCACCCCCAAAGUGAAGUUACUAAGGGUUCCGAUCAUAUUACUGAUUCUGCCUGUGGUCUUGAAGACACUCAACCAAAUAGUAGCCCUGCUAAAUUGGUUGAUAAUGUUCAGAAGCAUCACCAAGAUGAAGUUAAUGAUAUUGAUGGUGAUGAUACUAGGGCCAGCACCAAGAAUUGUCUUGUUGAAAUAGAGCAGAACAAAGUGUUGGAUGAGGUUGCAACUGGAGGUACUGAUGCUGCUGCUGGAGAAUCAAGACAUUCAGAGGCACCUGUCCAUAGCACUAGUGUUAUAAAUAAGAUUGCGUCUACUGAUCAAUUUAUUGAAGACAAACCUGAUAAGGAACACAAGGUUAUUGAUUCUUCUCAGGAUAAUUAUGUUGUUGAUGGGGUAUCUGGAGUUCAGGAUGUUUCUAUUCCAGGCAGCUGUACUGGACAGGACUCUGAGGAUAUGAAAAUUUCAUCUUCUGAGGGAGUGCUUGAGGACAACCUUAUGAGACAAGAAAAUGAUGUGGAGGUAACCCCAGUAACAUCCAGCAUUAAGUUAGAUAAUGAGGGUCUGAAACCCUCAGGCAUGGAUGCUGAGCCAGAUAUGUCAAAUCCAGCCACUCAGGUAUAUGAGGUGAACCCUAAUUUAGGGUCUCAAGUAAAAUCUGACUCAUUUUCUACUGAUACUUUGCCCAUUAAUGAAAAUAAAGAUUUAAAUGAUAAUUUGAAUGCUGAUAAUGUCAAAUUAGAAACUGAAGUUGUUAGGCAAGAGAUGGAGCUGCAGUCAUCCAGCAAAGACCUAUCAGAUGUUGGCAGCUCUCAUCCAUUGGAUGAUCAGAUGCCACAUGAGAUGCAGGGUCUUGUUGGAGAAACUGAUGAUGACAAAUCUUCAGAUGUGAAAUUUAGCAUGAAAAAUGACAAUGCAGAUCAGGUUUCUGUUGACGUUGCCAAGGUAGAGCAUGGUUUGGAGAGUAAGACUUCGAAUAAUAGUGAGCAAACCGAUAUACAGUUUGACAAUGCUAGAACUUUAGGUGAUGUUGUUGAGCCUAGUUUGUCACCUAAGAACAUUGAGGGAUCUGCUGAAGAUAAACAUGGUCUUGCUGCUUCCGGUGAUGAUAGAAAAGAUUUUAGCAAGAUAACCGAUCUAGGGGAUGGUGAGAAUAUGGAAAAGAUAAACUUGGAUCAGUCUGAUGAUUCCAUGGAGGAGGAUGUACUAGAGACAAAGCAUGUGGAUUUUGAUCAUAUUUCUAAGGAGAAUGAUAAGACAGAAGAGCCUAUUACGGUAAUGACAGAAGAGCCCAAAGUUCGACUGAGUGGUUCUUCUGAUGCAAUGCAGCUAGACAUUCCUUCUGAGAAGGUUGAGUCUCAAGAAACUAAAGAUAAGUCUCCUGAUUUGUCAGAGAAGAGGAAGUUUCAAGAUGAAGCAGUAGGUGGGAGUAAAGAGCCUGCUAAAAGGCAGCGUAGAUGGAACACUGAGAGUUUGAAGACUGCUGAACCACAAAAUUCAAGUAUUGCUUUAUCAAAGAAUGUUGUUCAGACCACCCCUGUCAAACCCAUCCUUGGUCGGACUAACUCUACAGUUGGUGGGGAUGCACCUAAGGAGCGGAUUGUACCAAAGUCUUCCAAAACAGCCACUAAUUCUCUCAAAAUUGAGAACUUCUUGCGGCCUUUUACAUUGAAAGCUGUGCAAGAGCUCCUUGGAAGAACAGGUGAAGUCUGCAGUUUCUGGAUGGACCAGAUAAAGACCCAUUGCUAUGUCACGUAUUCUUCGGUAGAAGAAGCCAUAGAGACCCGAAACGCUGUUUACAAUCUCCAAUGGCCACCAAAUGGAGGUCGUCUCCUGGUUGCAGAUUUUGUUGAUCCCCAACAGGUGCAAACCAAGGUAGAGGGUCGCGAACCUGCUUCUCCACCGAAAAAUGCCAGUCCUGCUGUGCCUCCAGCUUCAUCUUCUGUUCAAACACCACCUGCCCAGCAGCAGGGUCGCAAACAGCAAGCUGAGUCAGAACAUCCACUCGCACGCCAGCCAGCACCUGCUCCUCCUAGUGCUCCUCCAACAAAAGAGAUGCUUCCUUCACCUGUUGCUGAUAAAAAUGAUCCCCCUAUUGUAACUUUGGAUGAUCUCUUCAGAAAGACCAAAGCCACUCCCCGUAUCUAUUAUUUACCAUUGACAGAUGAAGAAGUUGCUAAAAAGCUUGCCAUUAGGGGAAAUGCUAAGCACUAGAGAUUGAAGUGAAUAAAGGGCAUGUUAGAUGGAUUGUAGAGUGGUAUUUUAGUGUAAUGCUGAAAACUGCAAGUUUGCCCGCCUAAAGAAGUUGCAGUCUAAUUUGUAGGCGAGUAGCAAGUUUCUUGAGGCUCGUUGAGACCUUCCUUUCUUUUCUUUUUUCGGUUUGUUUUGUUAAUGCUUGCAGCUUUGGUUGUUGCAAGGUGCAAGUCUCAACUGUAUUUUCCUUUGGGUUGACGAGACUUCUAAAUGUGCAGAUUAUGACGAAUCUGCGUGAGUCUUGAUUUCUUUCUUUAUCCAGAUUCCUGGAGAACUAUUUAAAUAUUAAUGAUCCGAGUUGUUAUGAGAUC